CCAUGAUAUUAAAUACCUUAUUUUCAAGUUGUCCGACAUUCAGUAUGAGCCCUACUCGUGUAUUAAAACACAAAUUAUAUGACUACAAAGUUCUUCACACAAAUCUGUGUCUGUCAAGUAAAAUGGUGCAUUCACUGUGUCGGUAAAAUAGUUCGCUGACAACGAAGUAGAAUGAUUGCUCUCUACCAUUGCCAGAAUAAUAAUGGGGGAUCAAAAUGGACUGGAAACGAGCAUAAUCUCUAGACUCGUAGUCAAUGUUCUAUCUAUUUAUAAGUAGAGACUGUUUUGAAGGACAACACUCAAGGAUAAGUAAAGAUAUGCCCUCUACUAUCUACUCGCACCUGACAAACAGUUCAAUAUGUAUACAACAAUGUACAAGUCUAGUCAAACUUCUCAUGGAUCCACUACAAAGCUGUCAAACCUUCAAGUCAAAACAAUGUUUUUGACUCAAGAACAGAUCUUUUUUGAUAGAGCCACUUAUUUUCCGAUGUUUCUUAUGCAAAUUUGUUUAAACAAGUGGCCAAGUGCCUUUGAAUAAGGUUUCAUUUUAUCAGCGAAUGUAUGCAUUUUACUAUUCUAGAAAUUAUAGACGUAAUUAGCUGCAGGUCGCAACAAUAUAGAAGACCUUAAUAGCAGUCUUAGGGCUGUGCAAGCUUCAAAGUAUUCAAGAAUUAGCAUCAAUUKCGCACAGCGUCCUUCUUGUGACGUCAUAAAACCAUCUUAUAUUGUGACCAAUCAGAGGAGAGAUUCUUGGUGUCCUUACACCACCAUUGUCACAACAGAAAACCACAAACACUGGAAUAACUGCUCGCAAUUAAAUAUUAAUAGAACUUGAACAAGAAACUAACAUAGAGGAAUGUACAAAAAAACACUAUUUGAAAUUAAAUUGAGAGUACACUAAGGUUUGUUCACAGUUUUUGGUCCAAUGGAAUUCUAGAGAUGAUGCACACUCACUAAACAUCCUUCUCUCUUCGACGUUUCUGCUGUUUCGUAUGUUAUACAGAUUUGUUAAAGGCCAAUCAGGAUGUACGGGCGACUGCUGCUGAUACUUCUCUCCACCGGCACAGUGUAUCUUGCAACAAYCAAACCAAAAGAGAAGAAAUACGAACCAAUUAACAUCACCAAUGCUAUCAACAACUUAUUAAUUGGAUAUGAUAAUCGAUUGCGACCAUAUUUUGGUGGCAGACCAUUAAACAUAUCAGUAUAUAUCACAGUGGUGUCCAUCAGUAGUGUCAGAGAAAAAGAUAUGGAAUUCUCCCUAGAUGUAUUUUUCAAGCAAGCUUGGAGUGAUCCACGGUUAAAGCAUGGUAUAGGGUACCCACUGAUYCUWCCUGGGGAUGUCAAGCARAAGAUAUGGAUUCCUGAUACGUUUAUACUGAAUGUGAAAACAGCCAAGUUUCACGAAGUACCAGCUUCUAAUGUAAGAGUAGUUAUCGAACCAAAUGGUAAUAUCGAACUCAGUGAAAGACUUACUAUAACAGCAUCAUGUCGCAUGGACCUUAGACAGUAUCCUCUUGACACACAGACAUGCGUACUGGAAAUACUAAGCUAUUCGUUUGAUGUGAACAACAUAGAUUAUUUCUGGAAACCAAAAGUAGAUGUGAUAGUCCUCGAUCCUGAGAUGUCCGAGUUCGAACUUUCUGAUUAUAGAGGUGAACGCAAACAAGUCAAAUAUGUUAUUGGUACCUAUACUCAUUUGGUSGCCAAGUUUGUAUUUCGAAGAAGACUCGCUUACUCGUUCAUUCAAAUCUACUCACCGACAUUCCUUAUCGUGGUGUUGUCAUGGUUAUCAUUUUGGAUCUCCAAGGACGCUGUUCCUGCCCGCGUGGCACUGGGUAUUACCACUGUUCUUACCAUUGUGACGCUGAUGGGGUCAUUAAGAAACACGGUACCUAAGGUGUCGUACAUCAAAGCUAUCGACUCGUAUCUCAUUGUCUCGUUCAUCUUCGUGUUUGGUACUUUACUUGAGUACAUAGCUGUUCUCAUGCACAGUCAAAAGAUCGUCUUGAGUAAGUUAAAGGGCCGAAGGAUCAAAAGCCGAGCUCAAUUGGACAUAGAUGACGUCAUGGGAACCACGCCCUACCGUCCUUGUUCCAUGGUGUCAUGUGCACCGUCGUCACGCAACUCGAUGUCACGGUAUUCAUAUAACGACCAUUCCCCAGUCCCUACUAGUCGAAUACAUCUGGCGCCACCACCACCUCCACCUCAAAUGUCACCGCAAGCGUCUGUAAGAAGAGGGUUAAUACCUGGCCCAGCAAUCAAUCACAGUCCUUACGCAGCAACUCCCCCAAGAUCACGUAUCGUAGACUGGUUUAAAGAGCUGCAUUUACCGCGGCUGCCAUGUUUCUACACAGAAGACAAGGAAGUGGAUCUGUUUGAUCGGCUAGCGAGAGUSUUCUUUCCUUUCACCUUCAUGGUGUUCAACAUUAGUUAUUAUUUUUACUACACAUGAGCAGCAAGUCUCCAAGAAUCAAGGUUUACAUUGAUUUGCAUUGGUUUGGCUGAACAAACACUGAGCACUUCUGACAAUCCUCACCACAAAGGAUCAAAUAGACAAUAAAUAUAAUGUAUGUGCAUACAUAGCUUAUAAUGUUUGGAGUUSUUAGUAUGAUCUUUUUGAUUGCGAACCAAUACCAACCUAUCAUAGCAAGGAAUGGAUUGAAUAUAAACGCUGCAAGGCUAGCUUGUGAUUCA